UCUCCUAUCGCCGCGGUCACGGCAAACAGUACUAUCGCGAGAUGCUCGUGCUAACGUUAAAAUCGUCGUUCAUCCUAUUCGCCGUGUUCUCGGUCGAAGCUCUUUCAAUUAAGAGGAAAGAACCACGCGGUCCCAUCCAAGAAGCGCUGCAAAAUGGUCUCGCGGCACAGUACAAUCGAGAAAAUUGCGUCUGGAGACGGGGAAACGAUAGAGAUUCUUGUCCCGAUCCUGAUGUUCGUGUUUUCCUUUAUACGUUCCAUCGACCAAGACGAGAACUCGACUCUAGAGAAUCCGACUGGCUGCGACAGGAUUAUGAUCCGACCAAAGAGAACGUUCUUUUGAUACACGGAUACGCAGGCGGUGACGACACCCUUCCCAUAUCCGUUCUUCGCGACGCCUACCUUCGAAACGGAAGCUACAACGUGUUCCUGGUUGACUGGGGUGCUUUGUGUGCGCCACCCUGUUACCCAGCGGCUGUAGCGAACCUUCGUCCAGUAGCACGUUGCCUCGCCGGCACUUUGACCACUUUACGGAACCUAGGUUUACCUAUUUCGAGAACAACCUGCGUGGGGCACUCGUUGGGCGCGCACAUCUGUGGGAUCAUGGCGAACUUUCUGUUGUUCAGAAUGCACCGAAUAAUCGGUCUAGACCCAGCGAGACCUCUUCUGCGUCCUGGAUAUGUAAAUCGUCUGGAUAGUGGGGACGCAGAUUUUGUCCAAGUGAUUCACACAAAUGCGGGAUAUUAUGGAGAGGGUGGUCGCAUGGGACACGUGGAUUUCUGCGUAAACGGUGGCAAAGUGCAGCCAUAUUGUGAGAACAAACCGAAUUAUCAACUAUGCAGCCACGUCUGGGUCGUCUGUUACAUGGCGCAGAGUAUCGACAACGUCGGCCAGGAAUCGAUGGCUGAGCCAUGCUCAAGACGAUGCCCUUCCGGACCAAGAAUCGCUCUCAGAGCCGGUGAAUAUGUGGCCAUGGGCCAGCAUACACCGCUCGGCACUAGGGGCUCUUUUUGCUUCACCAACAAAUAUCCACCCUAUUGUCCUAAAUAUAGUAACGGACGUGGCGACGAGAGAUGCUGCAUACCCGAGGACAAACCAGUCACGUUUUAGUGACAAGAAAAUCGUUGGAACACAUAGGAAGAAUAGAACAUACAAGACUGUACGUAAAACGCAAAAUAAGUAACGUAAAAUGAAACGGAAUUUUAUAUUAAGCAAAGAAUUAAUGGUAGUAUUGAUGAUCGUUAAAGAAGUAGAGUUAUUGUCUAAUAUUUUCUUAUUUGUACAGAAAUUGAUAAGCAUACCAGUAUUUUUUAGAUAGUACGAAGCUGUUAACCUGUUAGACGAUACAAUUCACUCGAAUCCUCAAUCUCGUAGACAAAGUAAUUUCUUUACUUAGAAAUCUAUUAUCUUUUUACAUGUCAUUUUACCUCCCCUAAAAAUAGAUGAUAUCAAAACUAAUUAUUAUAUUGCAAAAACUAGAACCGAUCUACUUAGGAUUGAUCCGUCUUUAUUAACUUUGAAUUCCAUGAUCAUAGAAAAUUCAGAUUAAGAAAUAAUCCGAUCAGUAGGUUAAAAAAAAGCUUCGCAUAAAAUUUUUUAAUCUGUUUUUAUUCAACAAACUAAACGAAAAGAUAAGGAAUUGCAUUAUAAACAUCGAGUUCGGUUACAGGAAACAACAUUCCACACGGCAAACCUUGCAUGUAGUAUUUUUAAAGAAAUGGAAAGUGGUUGAACCACAUAUACAAGUAUAUGGUGUAAAAACAUGUCGAUUGCCUUAAAUUAAUUCAUAUCACAGGACAAGUGUAAAUGGUGUCUAAAUCGUACAGAUACCACGUUAUUUAAUCGAUGAAGCAUACAGGUGUUUGAGGACAAGUAGCUCUUCGUACGGUAUCGCGACGCGUGUAGUCUGAUUCCGGAAUAUGAUUGCGUAUUCAAACGCGGUACGUACCGUCCGGAAAAAUCUUGCGUCCGUGAUCUACCGACCUAUCAAUCCCGUUAACCGCUCCACUGAACCUCUAUAAAUGUAUUCAUGACAAUGUCCAGCGAACGGACAACCGUCUUUUUUUCGAUCUGUCCUCGCGAAGCGCCGGUGUGCAAUCGCUUUUUCCGAUGAUUUGCACGUUCGAGCAACGAUCAGUCGUUUCACAGCGAAAAGUUACGUUCCACUUUACUUAAUACUUUAAGUACAAUAGUGGAAGAGAUGUGGUAGUUUCUUAAAGAUAUUUGUAAAUCUAAUUAGAAAAUAAAUAUUUCGUUAUUCGAA